AACCACCCGGGGAAAUUACAUUGUGACCUGUUUUGCUAAACCUGGGCUGCUCAGAUAGAUUUGAUUUGCUGUGAGUCUGAUACAAGAUAGACAGGCUCUGCAUCUACACUGUGAGAACACCCCCCUCUUUUCUCCACGCCGUGCCAUAGGAUGUCCCGCAGCCCUGAGGUGAAAGAGGACCCCAUGGAGUGCCCGCUGUGCAUGGAAUCAUUGGAGAUUGAUGACGUCAAUUUCUUCCCUUGCACCUGUGGCUAUCAGAUCUGCCGCUUCUGCUGGCAUCGCAUACGCACAGAUGAAAACGGCCUCUGCCCGGCCUGCAGAAAGCCCUAUCCAGAAGACCCUGCAGUAUACAAACCUCUCUCUCAAGAGGAACUUCAGAAGAUAAAGAACGAGAAAAAGCAGAAGCAGAAUGAGCGGAAGCAGAAGAUCACAGAGAACCGCAAGCAUCUCUCCAGUGUGCGAGUCGUCCAGAGAAACCUGGUGUUUGUGGUGGGCCUUUCGCAGAGACUCGCUGACCCAGAGGUCUUAAAAAGGCCGGAGUAUUUCGGGAAGUUUGGGAAGAUUCAUAAGGUGGUCAUCAAUAACAGCACUUCUUAUGCUGGCUCACAGGGUCCUAGUGCCAGUGCCUACGUCACUUACAUUCGAUCAGAAGAUGCCCUCCGAGCUAUACAGUGUGUUAACAAUGUUGUAGUAGAUGGCAGAACACUUAAGGCUUCUUUAGGUACAACAAAAUACUGCAGUUAUUUUCUGAAAAGCACGCAGUGCCCCAAACCAGACUGCAUGUAUCUUCACGAGCUGGGAGACGAAGCUGCUAGUUUCACGAAAGAAGAAAUGCAGGCAGGGAAACAUCAGGAAUAUGAACAGAAACUCUUACAGGAGCUCUAUAAAACAAACCCCAGCUUCCUGCAGAGCUCGACAGGGGCAGGGGAGAAGACAAAGGGCAAAUCAGGCACAUCACAGAGUUCCAGUAGUAACAACAAAGAAGCUUGGCCUUCGUUACAAACCACAGGAAAGACGACCAAUGGGCUUCCAGAACACUAUAAGACCCCACCCCUAGAUGGCGGCUCAGACUCUGAAAACAUGACUCCAGACGGUCUGGACACAGAACUGGGCCUUGGCUCCAUCACUGGCCUGCCUCCCUUCACGUCAGACUGUGACCCUGUCAGCCCAACUAACAGACCUACAGAUUCCAUCGGAAUAAGUAACGGA